AUGCUCCGCAUCACCUUACCAUCACAGCAAGUUUCCAAGCGGCUAGUUGCAAAGUUGGCCUCCAUGUCUGGUGUAAAGGGUGCAACGGCAACUAAUGCUAAGGGAAAUGACGCUGCUUCACAGGCAAUGGAAGCACCAGCAGUCGUACCACCUUCCAGAGAAACCCCCAAAAGUACCCUGCCGAGGGUAGGAGCAAGAGCAGCCGUUCCGGUGGGUGGCGCAGGCGUGCACUCGGAUGCAUUGAGGCAAGGUACGCUAAGAGCGGCAACGCCAAUAAAGCCCUCAGUUGCCGCUGCGGCGGCGUCAGUGUACGAAACACGUAUCAACGCCCCAGCACCCAAUAUCCGCAAUGGCGAAGCUGAUGGACAGCAACUACCGCAAAAAAAGACACUGAGGAGACGGAAAAGGUUGAUCAGGGUGUCAACCAGGCGUCGCGUACGUCAAAAUACCGCCAAAGUCCCAGAAGAUAUGGAAGAGGAACCUAUUGUGGAAGAUGUGGAAGACCCAUUCGUCGAUCAGGAGGAACACGAGGAGGAGCCCGUGGCCGCUGCGCCUCGAGAAAAGCGCCAGCAGCCUCGACCUGAGCGGGUAAAAGGACGGCCGGAAGCGAAAACAGUAGACAGACAACCGGAGAUUAAAAAAACGGAACCUUCACCAGCCGCCUCAUACGCUGCAUACGAGCAUGACAGAAUUUCUGGUACGUCUCUUCACGGGAAAACACCGAUGAUUAAGGCCUUCCGUAUCGAAGACGUACUCGCGGCGUGCACGCCUAGUGACGGUGUAUUCGCCCGCCGGCUUCCGCAAGGGGGUUGUCAGUUCUUCGCAUGGCCGGGCACCCCACUUGCCGUCGCUAGUAGCGCCGUGGCAAACAUGCCGGAGACCAUCCGGACCGUCCACGCCAUAUUUGGGCGAGAAAAAACGCCGAUGGACUUGGUGCUGGAUAUCGACUGCCCCGUUCCACAGGAGCACUGGAGCAUGUCAAAAGUUCGGCCGUUUCAGAAAAAGGUGUUGGACGACGUGAUGAAUGUGAUUGUGGAGGAAAUUGAAGCAAUUGGUGAGGAGAUUGAGUCCCAGGUUGUGCUUCAGUCACCAAAUCUCAAGAAGGUUUCCUUCCACGUGCAUACCAAGCUUAAGGAUGCCGCCUUUGAAGAUUACAAUUCCCUACACGGAUUCCUGCACCAGUUCCACAAGAGAAUACCGGCCGUGGACCUGCAAAUCUACCGCUCCAACGGUAUGCUCCGUAUGCACCGUUGUAUGAAGGAGAAUCACACCAGCGCUAUUGUGGUUUUUGAAGACAAGGACUGGAAUAUCGGUUUCCCAGACGGUAUUGUACCGGACGCGAAAGCUGCCCUUCACUCCGCCUGCAUCCGUGAAGAGGGAACGUACUCCCGUCUGCUGCACUUUGACCCGCCGCGCAACUUCCCAACGGCGUUUGAGAACUCCGGGGCCAACGGCAGCGGUGCCGCAGAGGAUAAAAAAAUCAAAGUCCUCCUUCCGCGCACGGAGCGUGAGGCAGUUGAAAACGCAUCGCGAUGGCUCCGUGAGGGAACCCGCGAGGCAGACGUUGACGAAUGGCGCUCAUGGAUCCGGCUUGGUAUCAAUGCAUACCGCGUGGCGUAUCACUUCCGGGACGCAAUGACGUUACAGCGGCCAGCACUGGAAGAGCUCCUUGACGCAUGGGUGGAGGCGAGCAAGAAAUGCCCAGCGAAGUUCAAACCUGGUGUGUGCGAGGCCCGAUGGGCAACAUUUGAUAUUAACAGACUCUCGAAGUUUGACGAUAAUGAGUGGUGGCCAUCAUACCAACGCAUUGGAAGGACGGCGAUGUUGAAUGAAGCGGCAGACGCGGCAAACCGCGGUGGUGCCAACGGCAUCCCUCCACAAGGAGCGUAA